AUGCGUCACUCCUCAACAAAUCCGGACAGCUUCGACCCACUCAACUGCGACCCUGAUCCCUGGAAAAACCAUAAAAGAUGGCCACCGACCCCUCGCUGUGUUCCCUUCCUCGUCAAACCCAACCACUCGUCCUCACCUCCCCGUUUGCUCUUCUCUUCUUGGAUUUCUUGUACGCUCUUCCCUUUCAACAUGCCCCCUCAAGAACCUAACUCAGCCCCUUCAAAGACCAAGAAGAAACCAAUACCUUGGGACCGCGAUGGUGUCGAUGGCGGCAAAUCAAGCAUUGAGAUCGUCUUUGAAUGGCUGUCGACGGGAAAUAACUACGAGCGAUGGCGAGGUGACAAAGAGAAAGGAGUCUGCCAAAAAAUUGCAGACCUACAAACUUCAUAUAACACGGCUAAGGAUUUUUUGAAGAACACCGGCAAGGGGAUUAUGGAGAACGACACGAUCAAUGGUGUUCGCACAGUUCAAGAUCGGAUCCAUGAGCUGUGCCGCUAUUGGGACAUUCUUGAUCCCAUCAUGGGAGCAAGAUCAGUCACGGAACCUUUGCAUAUUCGGUUGUCAGUUGGUGGAGACCAACCAGGUCAUCGGGACUCUCCAGAGCCCAACAACAAGCCUACUCCUGCGGAACCCAUCACACCUUUGAUUCAAGGCACCAACGGCUCUAAAUCUACAUCCAGCGAUGGCUCCGAUCUUCCCGAAGUAUCGGCUUUGAUGCCCCAACGUCAACCCUUGCCAUCAGCUGCUGCUCCCGUGGCUCAGAAGACAAAGCAGGUCAAACGGAAAACAGUUGCAAAACAACCUACGACCCGAUCCUCCACCCAGGCCUCGAGAAACAGACAAAAUAACACUGAAGAGCUGUACAUGCGGUCGAUUUUCUCCAAGCGACAGGCGGAGAUUACAAGGGCCCGUGCCAAGGCUAGCAAGGUCAAAGUGGCCUACAUGAAGGAAUUAAGGGAGCAAGGCUUGGGCUUUGACAAGAUUGAGGCCAGGACAAUUAUUGAGUUCCCACAUGUGGCUGACAUGAAAGACGGAGAUGACAAUUUCGCUGAUGAUUCCGACGAGUCUUUGUAG